AUGAGCGCCCUCUUGCUUCCCACCCGGGGGGUCCCAGCCCACCCGGUCCGGAGGAGGAUCUCGGUGCGGGGCUGUGGGGGCGUGGCUCUGGGUAUCUGGUGCCUCUCCCUGGCGCUGGCGGCCCCGCCCUCCUUCUACACGCGCUACCUGGACCUCCGGCCCAGCGGCAUGCACCUGGUGGUCUGCGAGGAGUUCUGGCCCAGCAGCGGCCACCUGCGGCUGCUCUACUCCUGCUUCAUCCUCACGGCGUCCUACAUGAUCCCGCUGCUGUCCGUCAGCGUCUCCUACUGCGCCAUCAGCGGCAGCCUGCGGCGCCACGCCCUGCCCGGGGGGACCUCCCGCAGCCAGGAGCGCUGGAGCCGCCGCCGGAGGAAGACCUUCAGCCUGCUGGUGGCCUCCGUGCUCGCCUUCGCCCUCUGCUGGCUGCCCCUGCAGGUGCUGAACCUGCUGCUGGACCUGGACCCCGACUUCCACAUCAUGGGGAAGCGCUACAUCAACCUCCUGCAGGUGUGCUGCCACCUGGUGGCCAUGAGCUCCACCUGCUACAACCCCUUCAUCUACGCCUCGCUGCACAGCAAGGUCCGCCAGCACCUGAAGGGCUACCUCUGCUACUGCCGCCGGGCCGCUCCCCGGGCGGGGGCGGCCGGCGUCCACGGGGAGACCCUCACCUCCCCCUGCGCCUCCCGCCACACCAACAUCUACGGGGCCGUCCGCCGGACCCCCGGCUCCACGCCCUGCCCGGGCCGGGCCGGGGGUCCCCCGAGGGACGGGGGCCCGGCCGUGGCCGUCCUCACCGACGACGCCCGGCGCUAGGACGGCCGGCGGACAGACGGCCGGCGCU